GAACAUUAUAUUACUACGGCAUCUUCACCAUUCCCUUUCAACCUCCCCUCCAAAAUUCCAUCCAAUCCCAGCUUUCCUAAAAGUUACCCAUCAAUCGCUACUCCCCCAAAAACAAAUUACCAUAAAACCCUCCCAAGCCCUCAAAUUCUUUUUAUUGACCUCCCACCUUCACCUUCACCUCCACCUCCGCCUCCACUUCAGUGAAAAGUUCAUCAACCCAUCUCUCAAAUUCCUCACGGUAGAGGAGAGCCCGUCGUCGUCAUCAUUGUAAUCAUCGCAUGACAUCAAACCAAGACACCUCACCAUCAUCAUCUUCAUCCUCCUCCUCAUCGUCAGCGAUGAUGACCCACUUGAGCCAAGACCAAAUCUUCAGCAUCCUCCAUCUCCUCCCCGUUGAAUCCAUCCUCUCCUUCUCCAUGACCUGCAAAAAGUUCAGAUCUUUGGCCUCCUCUGGCUCCCUCUGGGAGCUCAUCUGCAGGAGAGACUGGGGACCCACAUCGGUGGAUGGCUUCUUAUCCUCCUUAUCUCCCCAGGAGAGGAGGAUGGUCUCUUGGAAGAAGCUAUACAAAGAGAUUUCCGAAGUGGGUUCUCUCUCUUGUCGACGAUUGGUGAUUAAAGAUGGAAUCUUUCCAACUCCCAGAGCCUCUCACUCCCUCAAUUUUGUCUCCGAUUGCCUCGUGCUCUUUGGUGGAGGAUGUGAAGGAGGGCGUCAUCUUGAUGAUACAUGGGUAGCUUAUGUUGGAGGAAAUCAAUACCGAAGUAUACUAAAUUGGAAAAAAGUCAACUCGGGCACUCCUAGCGGUCGGUUUGGUCAAACAUGCACCGUUGUUGGCAACACCCUCAUCCUCUUCGGCGGAAUCAACGACAAUGGGAUUCGCCAGAAUGACACAUGGGUCGGCAACAUCACUUAUGACUCGACCCCAGAAAUCUCCAUAUCGUGGCAGCUUCUUGAAAAUGUGGGCCCAAUGGCCCCUCCGCCUCGUGGGGCCCAUGCAGCUUGCCUCACCAGAGACCAUAGAAUGGUCGUUAUUCUCAACGACUUGUGGGUGUUCGAUUUAGGAGGAGAUAAGCCCAAAUGGACAGAGCUUAAAUAUGACAUUUCGUCAGAUAUUACAGAAAUGCCCCGACCUCGUGUUGGUCAUUCUGCGAGUCUAAUCCUUGGAGGCAAAAUCCUCAUUUACGGUGGUGAGGAUUCACAGAGACAAAGAAAAGAUGAUUUCUGGUUGUUGGAUGUUAAUAAUCUGUUAAGAGUUCAGUCGACUAGUUGGAAGAAGGCCUCAGCCAAAGAGAUUUGGAAGAAGUUGAGGGUUGAAGAUUGGAACCCGGGUUAUCGGUCCUUUCAUGGUGCAUGCACAGAUAAGUCAGGGCUUUGUAUCUAUAUAUUUGGAGGAAUGGUGGAUGGAAUGCUUCAGCCUCGGGAGGCUUAUGGGUUGAGGUUUGAUGGGGAGUUGUUUAUCGUGGAACUUGUGAUUCCAAUGUAACGUAGAUGAGAGAGGAUAUUGUCAAGUGUAAUAGGCUGGUAGUGUAUUUGGUGAUUCGAAUGCGAUAUAUGUUUCUGUAUAUUUUUGGAUGUAUCAUCAAAUUAGAAACAUGUAUGUUUUAAUGAAGAAAGUUUCCAAAUGAAGAGCUGGUCUUGUUUGGCUCAGCUUGAGUUUGUAAAGGCUAUGUAACCCGCUUUCAAUAUUGAGAUCAAAAUCCUUUCUGUUUC